AUGGCUGAACAUCUUGCUAGAGGGAAUCAAUAUCAAUACACUGCCAAUUCUAAUCUUGUUCUUCAGGCUAAUAGAUCUGAACUACCACGCAGAGAUCAUGAGCCUUCAGGAGAGCCAGAGUCCUUAUGGGGUAAAAUUAAUCCAAAAGAUUUUGGCACUAGAGCUCAAAGGGAUACUGUAAAAAAUUUGCAAGCUAAAAAGACAAAGGCCCUGAAAUCUGCUGAUGCUGAAGAAAGAAAGAAUCGACGAAAAGAAGAAAACGCGUUAAAGAAGGCAUAUGGUUAUUCUAAUGUUCUUGCUGCUACUGAAUAUUUUGAUGGCUUGUCUUAUAGACCAAGAACAAAAGAAACACGUGAAACUUACGAAUUAAUUUUGGCCUUUGUUCACCAAAAUCUUGGUGAUCAGGCACAAGACGUGAUUCGAAGUGCUGCUGAUGAUAUUUUACAAGUUUUAAAAGAUGAUAAACUUAAAGAUUUUGAUAAAAAAAAAGCAAUUGAAAAUGUUAUUGGGGCUAUAACUUCUGAUCGGUUUGCCCAAUUGGUAAACCUUGGAAAAAAAAUUACAGAUUAUUACUCUGGUGAUCAAAUGGACUUGGAUAAAGAUAAUGAACUCGCUGGUGAGAUUGACGAUGAAUUAGGUGUAGCAGUUGUAUUUGAUGAUGAGGAAGAUGAUUAUGAGGAUGAAUACGGAAAAUAUGAAGUAGAGUCUGAAGAAGAGGAGGAUGAGGAUGGUGUAGAAGCUGAAACUACAGGUGUCUUGGGUGUGGGCCAAAUUGAUGAUGAAGAAAAAGGUUCCAUGUCAGAUGAAGAUAAUGAAGGUUUUCGAACUGUUAUUGGUCCAGAAACGACAAAAUCAAAGAAAAUAGUUGGUUCACAAGACGUGCAAAAAGUAACUCCACACGAUAUAGACGCUUUCUGGCUCCAACGUUUAGUGUCAAAUUAUUAUUCUGAUCCACAUACAGCACAAGAUAAAACCACCAAAACUUUACAAAUUCUUGAGUCUGGUAUUAAUACACGAGAUUGUGAAAACGAGUUAAUGAACUUAUUCGAUUAUGAUAAAUUCGAUCUUGUUAAAGUUUUAACUAGAAAUAGAGAAUUAAUUUUAUGGUGUACAAAACUCGCUAAAGCUGGUACAGAGGGUGUAGAGCGACAAAAUGUCGAACAUGAAAUGCGAGAACGUGGAUUAGAAUGGAUUCUUAAAGAUCUUGGUGGUGAAAGAAUUCGUCGAGGUGAAGGCGCUGCACGGAAAGGUGUAGUCGAGGAUGCAAUGGAAAUUGAUGAAAAGCCAGCUAUUGCGCAUGGUCCUGUGCCUGCGGCUGUUAAAGCUACAUUACCUCCCACUACAGUAGUACCAAAAAAUGUAAUUGACCUUGAAUCUUUGAUGUUUACGCAAGGUGGACAUUUAAUGUCUAAUAAAAAGUGUAAGCUUCCCGAUGGAUCAUUUAAACGUUCUAUGAAAGGAUACGAAGAGAUCCAUGUGCCUGCACCUAGGCCAAAACCCUUCGCUGAUGAUGAAAAACUCUUUUCGAUUAGUGAAUUGCCUGAAUGGACGCAAGCAGCCUUUAAAGGUGCAAGAACGCUCAAUCGUAUUCAAAGUAAGCUCUAUCCGGUUGCAUAUGGUGGAGACGAUAAUUUAUUACUCUGUGCUCCAACUGGAUCAGGUAAAACUAAUGUUGCCAUGCUUUGUAUUCUCAAUGAAAUCAACAAGAAUCGUGAUGAAGAAACUGGCAUCAUCGAUAACGACGCAUUUAAGAUCGUAUAUAUUGCGCCGAUGAAAGCUCUUGUGCAAGAAAUGGUUGGAAAUUUUUCAUCAAGACUUCAACCCUUUGGUAUUAAAGUUUCAGAGUUGACUGGUGACCGACAACUUACUAAGCAACAGAUAUCUGAGACUCAAAUAAUAGUCACAACACCAGAAAAGUGGGAUGUAAUAACAAGAAAAGCCACAGAUCGGAGCUAUACAAAUCUCGUUAGACUAAUCAUCAUUGAUGAAAUACAUUUACUUCAUGAUGAUCGUGGUCCAGUUAUAGAAAGCAUUGUUUCCAGAACUAUUCGUCAUAUGGAGCAAACACAAGAAAUAAUUCGAUUAGUGGGUCUUUCAGCAACGCUACCUAAUUACGCUGAUGUGGCCAGCUUUUUACGUGUAAAUCCAGAAAAAGGCUUGUUUCAUUUUGAUAGUACUUUUAGACCAUGUCCUUUAAAACAAGAAUUCAUUGGAGUGACUGAAAAAAAGGCCAUCAAAAGAUUUCAGGUUAUGAAUGAAGUAACUUACACUAAAGUUAUGGAUCAAGCUGGUAAAAACCAAGUGUUAAUAUUUGUACAUUCACGUAAAGAAACUGCAAAAACUGCGAAAACAGUUCGAGAUAUGGCAUUAGAAAAAAAUACGAUCGGUCAAUUUCUACGAGAAGAUUCAGCUAGUCGCGAAAUUUUACAAACUGAGUCUGCAACUGUCAAAGAUGCAAAUCUUCAGGACUUGUUACCUUAUGGAUUUGCGAUUCAUCAUGCUGGUAUGACAAGAGCAGAUCGUACUUUGGUAGAAGAACUAUUUGCAGACGGACACAUCCAAGUUCUUGUUUCUACUGCUACUCUGGCUUGGGGUGUAAAUUUACCUGCGCAUUCGGUCAUUAUAAAGGGUACACAAAUAUAUUCUCCUGAAAAAGGCCGUUGGGUUGAAUUAAGUCCCCAAGAUGUACUUCAAAUGCUGGGUCGGUCUGGUCGUCCUCAAUUUGAUACGUUUGGUGAGGGCAUAAUAAUCACAUCACAUACAGAACUCCAAUAUUAUUUGUCUCUUUUGAAUCAACAAUUGCCCAUAGAAAGUCAAUUCAUCAGUAAAUUGGCUGAUAAUUUGAAUGCGGAAAUAGUUUUAGGUACUGUUCGAAAUCGUGAUGAGGCAGUACAAUGGUUAGGAUAUACAUACCUGUACAUAAGAAUGUUACGUAAUCCAGCAUUAUAUGGCAUCUCUCUGGAUCAAUUGGACGAAGAUUCCUAUCUUGAACAAAAACGUGUCGAUUUGAUACAUUCCGCCGCUUUAUUUUUAGACAAAUCUAAUUUAAUAAAAUAUGAUAAAAAGACUGGCAGAUUUCAGGUAACAGAAUUAGGUCGAAUUGCUUCGCAUUUUUAUAUUACACAUACAUCAAUGGCAACCUAUAAUCAACACCUGAAACCAAUGAUGGGUCAUAUUGAAUUAUUUCGAGUAUUUGCACUUUCCGACGAAUUUAAGUACAUACCAGUACGUGAAGAGGAGAAGCUAGAGUUGUCAAAAUUGUUAGAACGUGUACCGAUCCCCGUUAAAGAAGGCAUUGAAGAACCGACUUCUAAAAUAAAUGUUCUUUUGCAAGCCUACAUUUCACAACUCAAACUGGAAGGUUUCGCUUUAGUUUCAGACAUGGUUUACGUAACUCAGUCAGCAAGUAGAAUUCUCAGAGCUAUGUUUGAAAUCUGUCUCAAGCGUGGUUGGUCACAAUUAUCGAGAAGGGCUUUAGAUUUAUGUAAAAUGGUAGAGAAACGCAUGUGGCUCUCAAUGUCACCUUUACGCCAGUUCAAGCAAAUCUCUUCGGAGGUUAUCAAAAGAAUUGAAAAAAAAGAUUUUCCUUGGGAAAGAUACUUUGACCUUAAUCCUCAAGAAAUAGGGGAACUAGUUGGUAUUCCAAAAGGUGGCAAAACUAUAUAUAAAUAUGUGCACCAAUUUCCCAAACUAGAAUUGCAAACUUUCGUGCAACCCAUUACUAGGUCGUUGUUGAGAGUUGAGCUCAAAAUUACACCGGAUUUCCAGUGGGAAGAACAAGUUCAUGGGACUGGGGAGGCGUUUUGGGUAUUGGUUGAAGAUGUGGAUGGAGAGGUAAUUUUAUAUCACGAUUCCUUUAUUCUCAAGCAAAGAUAUGCUGAGGAGGAUCACAUAAUAACAUUCACAGUCCCGUUGUUUGAGCCUCUUCCACCUAACUACUUUAUAUCCGUGAUAGCUGAUCGAUGGUUACAUUGUGAAACAAAAUUACCCAUUUCUUUCAGACAUUUGAUACUGCCAAAAAAGUAUCCACCUCAUACUGAAUUGCUUGAUUUGCAACCCUUACCCGUUACAGCUUUGCGUAAUCGCGAGUGCGAAGCCGUAUAUAGUGAAUGGGUUGAUAAGUUUAAUCCUAUUCAAACACAAGUAUUCAAUGCAUUGUAUAAUUUAGAUGACAAUGUGUUUGUUGGUGCUCCUACUGGAAGUGGAAAGACUGUGUGUGCCGAAUUUGCACUUCUUCGUUUGUGGUCGAGGCCAAACCCUGGAAGAUGUGUUUAUAUUGCACCAUUCCAAGAGGUUGUUGAUCUUCAAUUGAUCGAAUGGAGGCAAAAAUUUGGUAAAAUACAAAAAAAUAUAGUAUCGCUUACUGGGGAGACAAGUGCAGAUCUUAAAUUGUUAGAAAAUGGUGACGUGAUUUUUGCAACACCUACUCAAUGGGAUGUUAUGUCUCGUCGAUGGAAACAACGAAAAGCCGUUCAGUCAGUAGCAUUGUUUAUUGCUGAUGAAUUGCAUUUAAUAGGGAGCGAUGUUGGACCAACCUACGAAAUUAUUGUAUCACGAAUGCGCUAUAUUGCUCAUCAAACAAAAAACCCGAUUCGCAUUGUUUGUUUGAGUACAUCUCUAGCCAAUGCUCAAGAUCUUGGUGAAUGGAUAGGCGCAACACCGCAUACUAUUUUUAAUUUCCAUCCCAGUGUUCGUCCCGUACCUUUGGAGAUCCACAUUCAGAGUUAUAAUAUUCCACAUUUUGCUUCACUGAUGAUGGCGAUGGUCAAACCUACUUACGCCGCGAUCACUGCAUAUUCAUCUGAUCGACCCGCUAUUGUAUUUGUACCGUCGCGUAAGCAAUGUCGUUUAACUGCCGUUGAUUUGCUCACAUAUUGCGCAGCUGAUGGGGUAACAGACCGCUUUUUACAUGCACAUUUUAAGGAUGUAGAAAGUCUCUUGGAAAAUGUCAAAGACGAGGCUUUAGCUGAGACUCUCCGUCAUGGAGUUGGCUUUUACCAUGAAGCACUCGGAAAACAGGACAAGAAAAUUGUGGAACAAUUAUUUGAAAGCGGAGCAGUUCAAGUUGUUGUCGCAUCGCGCGACACUUGUUGGGGCUUGAAUCUGAGUUGUCAUAUGGUUGUCAUUAUGGGUACACAAUAUUUUGAAGGUAAAGAACACCGAUAUGCAGAUUAUCCAAUAACAGAUGUACUUCAAAUGAUGGGUAGAGCUUGUAGACCACGUCAAGAUGAUACAGGUCGUUGUGUAUUAAUGUGUCAGGCUAUCAAAAAAGAUUUUUAUAAAAAAUUUUUGUAUGAAGCCUUGCCUGUGGAAUCACAUUUAGAUCAUUUCUUACAUGAUCAUUUUAACGCCGAAAUAGUUACAAAAACUAUUGAAAAUAAACAAGACGCUGUAGACUAUCUUACAUGGACAUUUUUGUACCGUCGUAUGGUAGAAAAUCCAAAUUAUUAUGGCAUGCAGGGUUCAGAUCAUAGACAUUUAUCGGAUCACUUAUCUGAACUAGUGGAAACAACAGUAAAUGACCUCGCUGCUUCAAAAUGUAUUAUGCUUGAAGAUGAAUUGGAGGUUUCACCACUUAACUUGGGCAUGAUAGCAGCUUAUUAUAACGUCAGUUACAUUACGAUUGAAAUGUUUAGCAUGAGUUUGAAUGAAAAAACAAAACUCAGAGGACUUUUAGAAAUUAUUUCUUCUGCUGCAGAAUUUGAAUCUAUUCCUGUUAGACAUCAUGAAGAUACCGUUCUCAAGAAAAUAUAUGAUCGUCUCCCAGUCAAGCUCGGUAAUCCUAAAUUUAAUUCCCCACAUAUUAAAACAAAUGUUCUUUUACAAGCACAUUUUUCAAGAACACAAUUGCCACCAGACUUACAAUCUGAUCAAACUACUGUUUUGGGAAAGGUUAUUCCCUUGAUCCAAGCAGUUGUUGAUGUAAUAAGUUCUAAUGGGUGGCUAAAUCUUGCAUUGUCAGCCAUGGAACUGGCACAAAUGAAUGUUCAAGCAAUGUGGGAUCGAGACUCUCCGUUAAAACAGAUUCCAUAUUUUACCUCCGAAGUCAUUAAGCGAUGUGAAGAUCAAGGUGUUGAAUCCGUUUUUGAAUUUAUGGAGCUCGAAGACGAUGCUCGCAAUGAUAUACUACGUAUGGACGUGCGACAAUUGCGUGAGGUUGCUCGCUUUGUUAAUCGGUAUCCAAGUAUUGAUGUUAAAUUUUCUGUGAGAGAUGAAGACGAGCUCGUUUCAGGCUCUCAGGGCAUGUUAGACAUUAAACUUCAACGUGAAGUCGAAGAUGAUGACGAGGAAUCUGUAGUCGGACCAGUUAUUGCGCCGUUUUUCCCUCAUAAAAAGGAUGAAGGAUGGUGGAUUGUUAUCGGUGACACUUCUAAAAACUUGUUACUUGGUAUUAAGCGUAUCACUUUGAAUAAAUCGCUAAGUGUGAAAUUGGACUUUACUUGUCCUUCAGAAGCUGGCGAACACCUUUUAAAAAUUUAUUUUAUGUCAGAUUCGUAUAUGGGAUGUGAUCAAGAGUUUGAUCUUCAGAUAACAGUUCAAGAAGGUGCUGAUGAUAGUGAAGAAGAGUAA